UAUAAGAAAAAGAAAAGGGAGAAGGGAAAGGAACAAGAAAAAGAGAGGGAAAAAGUGAGGGGGGAGAAGCGUGACGUGGACUCCUUGUACCUUGAGCCCGCAAGCGACGGCCCAGAUUUUCUCUCUCUCUCUCUUUCUUUUAUCUCUCUCUCUUCCCUCCAUGCCCACCUCCCAUUAACUCUCUCUCUCUAUCUCUCUCAACAGCGAGUCACUGAGUGCCGUGUGCAACUCUGUGUUAAACAACGGAGACACUAGUUAAGAAGAAGAAGAAGAAGAAGUAGCAGGAGGUGGAGGUAGGGGAGGAGGAGGAAGUGGGCGUGAUGUUGCUGGGAAAGCGCCCGCGCCAUCGGAUUCAGAGGACGACGAGCGUGACCAGCAUCACCGUCGUCGACCUCGAGGUGGACGACGAGCAGGAGCUGCCGUCGGGGGACGCCCGCCAGGACCCCCCCGGCGAGGGCGGCCCGCCCCUAUCCGCGGUGGCUCCCGAUCAUCGCUACGACGGGGAGGACGGCGAGAACAUUAACGUGGACGGCUUCGGACCGUACGACCCUCAGAGCAGCUUCUGGCGCUGGUGUCGCCGAGGAACUACAGCAGCAUGGAGGCCGAGGGCGCUCAUUUCCUGAACAUGCGGGCUCUGCAAACGCCGCUUGUUCCCUGGUCGUGACAUCUACAUGUACAGGGGAGAUACGGCCUUUUGUAGCCUCGAGUGUAGGGAACAGCAGAUGAAGGAGGACGAGAAGAAAGAGAAGCACAGCAAUCCCAACGUUGCCGCUAAUUCACGUCGACAAGGUCGCAAGGCAUCGCCAAUCUAGAGAGAGAAACCAUCUGUAAUUACUCUCCAAUGGAGAUAGAGAGAGAUGAUGAUGGUGGUGGUGAUGAUAUGGAAGCGAAUAUCAAGCAUUUUCUCCUUUGAUAAUUUUUAUGCAUUGCCUCGAAGUAAAUAUUUUCUCUCCAUGGAUAUACGUGCAUAUAUAUACAUAUAUCCAACGAUUGGAACUCA